CUAUUCAAGCCCACUUCUUUCCUCUUUCUCUUGUCUCCGUGGAGUUUUGGGAUCUUACACAACAACAACAACAACAAUAUCUUUGUCUUUACUGUAUUUUUGUCCUUUGUCUUCUUACCUUUCUAACAAUUAUUAAGAAAAGUAAAGCUUGAAUUUAAUAAAAAUGAUGGGAGACAAUGAAGGAAGAAGAACGCCGCUAUUGAAUCUUGGGGUUCAAGUGUCGAUGAGAGUGUUAAUCAUCGGAGCUGCAAUGGCCUCGAUGUGGGUCAUGAUCACUAACCGUGAAGUCGCCUCUGUUUAUGGCAUCGCUUUUGAGGCUAAAUACAGCUACUCAUCUGCCUUUAGGUAUUUGGUGUACGCACAGAUAGCUGUCUGCGCCGCGACGUUGUUUACGCUGGUAUGGGCUUGUUUAGCAGUCCGCAGAAGAGGACUUGUUUUUGCACUCUUCUUCUUUGAUUUGCUUACGACUUUGACGGCGAUAUCAGCUUUCUCUGCUGCCUUCGCGGAAGGUUACGUAGGGAAGUACGGUAACAAACAGGCGGGUUGGCUUCCGAUCUGCGGUUAUGUGCAUGUUUAUUGCAGUCGUGUCACUAUAUCACUGGCUAUGUCCUUCGCCUCUUUUGUCCUCUUGUUCAUCCUUACGGUCUUAACUGCCUCCGCUGCUCGUCAUUACUGAUUUUCUUACAUUUUAUAUCAUACAAAACAAUUCCUUCUACUCCAAGAUCAUUCAGUCUUUGUUAUAUACUUGGAUUUCAUGAAAUGAAAAAAUGAUUUGAUAUUAUAGAAUGAAAUUGUAUGAUUCCUUGCAUGUAUUUAUCUUUGAGACUUUUUCUGUUCUUUGUUGUGCUUAAUUAGUCUCCCAUUUGUUUGUCUGGGAGGAAAUACAAGAAACAACAAAGU